CUGUGACAGAGUGUAAACAAGGCAUUUUUUCUUCUCCUGCCCAAAACUACCCAAAAUAUCUUAAAAAAAACAAUGUCUUUAGCUUCAGUUAAUACACAAAUGAACUCUGAAGUGCUGCCCGAACAUCUGAAAAUGUACUACAAGCGCUUGUUUCCGUACAAGCAAUUUUAUCAGUGGCUUUCUUAUGAUGAUGAAAAACUCUUUCAGCACAGAGAAUUCUGCUUCACCUAUGACGGUGAUGUGUUUCAGCGGUACCUCACUUUCGACGAUCAGGAACACAUGGCGAAGGAAAUGACGGCGAAAGUGCCCUCGAAGAUAGAUAUUGGUCCAGUGAUGAAUGUGAGGCCCAAUAAGUUGGGUUUGGCCCAGAAUCUGCGCUUCCGGCAGCGAGAGCUAAUAUUUGAUAUCGACAUGACGGACUACGAUGAGAUCCGGACUUGCUGCUCUGGUGCUGCGAUUUGCCACAAGUGCUGGAAGUUUAUGAGUGUCGCGUGUGACAUCCUUGGCGCUGCCCUGCGAGAGGAUUUUGGCUUCGAGAACAUCCUGUGGGUCUUCAGUGGUCGACGAGGCAUUCACUGCUGGAUUAGCGAUCACAAUGCCCGAGAAUUAACUGGGGAAGUUCGCAGUGCUGUGGUGCAGUAUCUGAAUCUGGUGGGCAGGAAUGAAACCUCUGGUCGCUAUGACAUCGAGUGUGAUUAUAUGCAUCCGCGUGUUCAGAGAACGCUCGCGACAAUCAACGCGGUUUUCGAGGAGAUUUGCCUUCAGGAUCAGGAUCUCUUCAACAAUGCUGACAAUAUUCAGAAAUUUAUUCUCUCCCGCAUUCACAAUGAGACAAUUCGCAAUGAAUUGAAACUGAAACUCCUGGGAUUGCCAAAUAAUUCGAAGAUUGUUUGGCAGACGUUCGAGGGCUACAUGAAUGCGGUCAAAGGGAAGAAUCCGCGACUCAAGUACCUCGUGGAUGACUUGAAGAUCUUCCUGACAUAUCCUCGAUUGGAUAUAAAUGUGACUAAUACGAUGAAUCACUUGCUGAAGGCGCCCUUCUGCGUACAUCCCAAGACGGGAAAAGUUUGUGUGCCUUUCACACCUGGAAUGACGGCGAAUUUUGAUCCGGCUUCCGUUCCCACAAUCAUGGAUCUGUGUAAGGAAAUUGAUGCUUAUGAUGCCAAAAAAGCGGAGGAUGCUGAAAAAUUCGACGUAGAAGUGGGAAAUAUCCAGACCUACAAGAAGACAUCGCUUCACAAAGCUGUUCACAUCUUCGAGGAAUUCAUCAGGAAGUGCGGAAAGAGGGCCGAGAAGAGGAAAGACACAAUGGAUUUUUAA